AUGGCACAUGCGUCCAGUUCAUCCCCGUUUCGACGAACGUCGUUGCCCUUUAUAUCGUCGAAUGCACCUUUCUCAAGACACAGAACGUCGCCACCCAGUUCCAUCAAAUCCAAUUCACGAGCUUCAAGCUUCUUUUUGCCCAAUACUAUUCAGGAAGAAGACAUGGGCGAGGAUGUGCAAGCCGAUGUCCUUUUUCCUCGCUUCCAAGCAAAGAACGAAGACGAUCAGUUGGACUUUGCCGCAUUUGGUCACAUGGUCGAUGAACAUGCUCGAAAGCAAUCAGCCGGUACCGUUCGCCUGUCGAGAACAUUGAGUCGCCACAGUCAACUCUACGGAGAUCCGCACAAGCAUGUACAAGCCGAGUUUGAAGGAGUGGCACGUUAUCAAGUGUAUUCCUCUCGAGCCGUGGGCACGCCCGUGCAAAGUCUGGAACAACUACUAAAUGAAAAAGGAAAGGAAGCUUUGGAAAGUGUGCUAAGCACCACUGGAUGGUGGGUCGAUGCGCUCUGUCCCACGGAGGAAGAAAUGCGAGUUCUUAGCAAGACAUUCCAUAUCCACCCUCUCACGACCGAAGAUAUUCUAGCUCAAGAACCGCGCGAAAAGGUGGAACCUUUUCCCAACUAUACCUUUGUUUGUUUCCGAGCUUUUGAUAUCGACCCCUAUUCGGAUCAAGUGCUGCCCUACAACUUUUACAUUCUGAUCUUUAAAGCGGGGUUACUGACUUUUCACUUUCGACAAUCGGUGUAUCCCGUCAGAGUGCGAGAACGAACGGAACAGUUGAAAGAGUUUAUUGAUGUGACGCCCGAUUGGAUGAAUUACGCGUUGAUCGAUGCUGUGACGGAUGGUUUUGCUCCAGUGAUUCAACAAAUUGAAAUGGAAGCCGUAUCAAUUGACGAACUGUCACUUGUGUUGCGACAAUCCGAACGAGUGGAUAUGUUGAAACGGAUCAGUCGAUGUCGACGACGCACCACGCAACUCGCUCGAUUACUCAGUUCUAAACUGGAUGUCUUGAAGAGUCUCAUGAAACGCUACGAAGACCGAUCGCGCGAUACGCUAAUGACAGAUACAGAUUUGGCGUCGGCUGAAAUCCCAAUUGACUCUUCGAAUAAGAGAGUAUUUAGCGAUGUUCUACUGUACUUGGGCGACAUUCAAGAUCACGUUGUCACGAUGGUUCAGAAUGUCAACCACUAUGAUCGUAUUUUCCAUCGUGCACAUACCAAUUAUAUUGCUCAGGUCAACCUUGAAAUGAACCAAGUGUAUGCAACGACCAAUAUGGUAAUGAAUCGUUUGACGUUCCUGGCCACUGUAUUUAUGCCACUGACGCUGGUGACCGGUCUGUGGGGUAUGAAUGUUCACGUUCCCGGACAAGACUACCUUGAUCUCAAUUACUUUUUCUGGCUAUUAGCCGGAUUGGUUCUCUAUUGUAUUUCUUGUGGUUAUUUUGGCAAAAAGAGCGAUUUACUCUAG